AGGCGAUGCUUCGGCGGCCGGCGUCGCUGUGGCGCAUGCGCACGAGGGAAGGUGAGAGGUCGGCAAGAUGGCGGCGGCCUCCUCAGGGGAUGAAGCGGCCGGGCCGGACAACGAGGAUUAUUAUUCGCUUCUGAACGUCCGGCGUGAGGCCUCUCAGGAAGAGCUGAAGGCCGCCUACCGCCGGCUGUGUAUGCUGUACCAUCCGGACAAGCACCGGGACCCUGAGCUCAAGCGGCAGGCCGAGCAGCUCUUCAACCUCCUCCAUCAGGCUUAUGAAGUGCUCAGCGACCCGCAGACGCGUGCCAUCUACGACAUUUAUGGAAAGAGAGGCCUUGAAAUGGAAGGAUGGGAGGUGGUGGAGAGGCGGAGGACGCCCGCCGAAAUCCGGGAGGAGUUUGAGCGCCUGCAGAGAGAGCGGGAGGAGAGGCGGCUGCAGCAGCGGACCAACCCCAAGGUAAGCGGGUGGACCCCAAAGCAAGGAGACCGGGGACAAGAACUGGGGGGGGGGGGGGGGUCUCAGGUUUUGGGGUUCAAGUGUAGUCUUUCCUGUGUUGGAAAGCAUCAACCUAUUAUAUAGGCUAAACUAGCUGUG